GGCGCGUGUUAAAAUCAAAACAAAUAUGGAGGAAUUAUCAAAAUUUGUCAUUGAAUCAUUCAAAUGUUCAAAAAUUGAAGCGUUUUCUCAAAGUCAAAUAAAUGAUAGUAACGAUUUAUCAAAUAAGAUCUUAAUGAAAUACCAAUCAACCUCAGAUGACAGUGACAAAAAUGAAGACAAUGAAUCUAUAGACAUAGAUAUUACGGAUUUAUCGGGUAGUGAUGAAUCAAAAUCUUCGGCAGAAAUUCCAGUAGAUGACUUAAAGCGAACAGCAUUGUGGAAAAGUGAAAAAAAAGAAAGAGAUAUGCGAAUAUUUUGUGUAAACAUAAAUAAAACAUCGGUGGAAAAUAUUAACUCCAACAAUAAUUUUGGGCUAAAAACAAAAAAUUGGCUCUUAACAGAAUCAUUUAAGGAAAACAAGCCGCAGAAAAGUUCCCAAGUGACUGCAUUUGACUAUAGUAAAGGCAAAGAAUACUCCAAUCAAAUAAAACACAAUGUAGAAUUAAGAAGCAAUGAACGAAAGUGCAGUUCUUUAAAAAAUACUUUUGGGCAAAAUGACAACAUUAUAGAUAAUGAAUAUUCAAUUUCCAACAGUUCAACAGAAUUCGAAGAUCGUGUUGAUUGUUGCACUCCUAACAGUUCCGAUGAAAAAUAUUUUAAUAACUUGGAGACAUCUAAUACUAGUUGCGAUAAAUUAGGAACGACAAUCUCAUUAAACAAUAAUAAGAAGAGAAGGUCUCGUACGAAUUUUACUUUAGACCAGCUUAAUGAACUUGAACGAUUAUUUGAAGAAACACAUUAUCCUGACGCAUUUAUGAGAGAAGAGCUAAGUCAUCGACUUUGUCUAAGCGAGGCUAGAGUUCAGGUCUGGUUUCAAAACAGAAGAGCCAAAUGCCGAAAACAUGAACAUCAAUCACACAAAGCUAAACUUACCAGAUUUGAAAUCAGUUUAAUACGUACAUCGUAA